AAAAAAAAAACCCCCCAACAUCAGGUCAUUCCAAUUCUUCCUCCUCCUCAACGCCAAUUCCUUCUUCGCCCUUCUUCUCCUUCUCUUUUUAAUACCCAGUCACAAUGUUCUCCGCUCGAUUCGUCGCUAGGUCGGCGCCCCGCGUCGUCGCCCGCCUCUCCGGCGCCGCCCUCCGACAGACUGCCCGUCCCAGCACCUUUGUCAAGGCUUCCUCUCUGCGACCUGCCUUCUCCACCUCCGUCUUCCGGAGGGCUGCUGCUGCUGCUGCUUCCGAGACCGAUGGCGAGCUCUCGGCCAAGCUUGAGAGCGAGAUCCAGAUCGAGGAGGACAUGAAGGCCAACGAGCAGGACCCCGCCAGCAUCAAGGAUUUCCUCAACAACAGCGCUUUUGAGCUCAUUGAUACCCCCGGACAGGAGGUUGUCAAGCUCGUCCGCAACUUUGGCGACGAGAAGAUCACCGUCAGCUUCUCCAUCGCCGACAUCACCAACUACGACCCCUACGCCGAGGAGAACGCACUCGAGGAGGAGGGUCUCGAGGAGGACCCCAGCAGCCAGCGCAGCGCCCAGUCCAGCGGCCGGGCCAACGAGGAGAUUGACGAGGAGCUCGAGGACGACCUGGAGGACGAGGCCGCCGCCCCCAUCAACCUGUCCAUCGUGAUCGAGAAGCCCGGCAAGACCGAGGGCGCCCUCAACAUCGACGCCACCGCUCAGGACGGCAACGUCGUCGUCGAGAACCUCUUUUACUACGCCGAUGCCAAGGUCGCCAAGGUCGAGUCCCCCGAGGCCGCCCAGAAGCGCGCCGACGUCUACCCCGGUCCUCCCUUUGGUAGCCUCGACGACGACCUCCAGCUCCUGAUGGAGCGAUUCCUCGAGGAGCGGGGCAUCACCCAGGCUCUCGCCGUCUUUGUCCCCGACUAUGUCGAUGUCAAGGAGCAGCGCGAGUACACCCGGUGGUUGAGCAACGUCAAGGCCUUUAUUGAUGCUUAAAUGGGCUGUUAUCAGCUAAAAAAUGAUGAGAUUCACAAGAGAAGAAAGAGCAAGAUGGAGUCUUUGAAACGGAAAUCUUGUGUUGAAUGAAGGGAAUGGGAAAUGCCGCUCUUGUUGUACAAUAGGAUGAGAUCCAACGAGGUCAAACUACAUGUCAAGAUAUGUGUAACGAU